AUGUCCUUGGGUUCUCCAAGUCUCUUCUGUUCUACUUCGAAGUUGUUUCGCAUUGGUCCAAGCCCCUCUGCACAGGUCUUCUUGCUCUUGACGGCCAUCACAAUUCCAUGGGGGCUCUGGAGUUGCGGCCUUUCUUGGUCCAGCAACGAGAGCUUUGUGACCGGGCAGACCUUGACACGACCGCUGAAGCAGCUCGUGAGGUGUGGCCAUGGCGGCCAUGGGCCAUGGCGGUCGAUAGCGGGCCAUGUCAUGUCGCCUGAAUGCAAUGGCACACAGUGUCAGAUGUGUCAGGUAUUGGAUGAUGCCAUCAAGAAGGUGAUGAACAGUGCAGAGCUGUUCAAUCAAGAGGAUCCAAAGUUGCUGAAGAUGUUGAGCGGCCGCAAUGUGUCUGUCUUUGCCAAACGACAAGCAGCUGAGAGGGAGGCAUAUCGGCAGAAACUCUGUGCCUUCAACAAGUCCUUGGUCGGCAGCUUCGUGCGCUUGGUGGAUGUCAUUCAGCAAAGCUGUUUGGUGGAUCUAGCAGCAUCAAAGGCCUGCAGCCUGUUGGAGCGUUUUGCAAGGACUUCCAAACUCUUUCUUGUUUCUCCCACCUUUGGCGAAGCGAAAACUUCAGGUGACGAGAAAGGGAUUCCAUUGGGUUUGGAGCCCGGCAAGAAGGACUUUCAGGAAGGUAUGCAGCAAGUCUUGGAGCAGAUUGUGGCUGUUUGCAAAGUGCCCAACGUGACCUCCUAUAGGAAGUACAUGAGGCAUUUCAAGCAGGAUCCGGCCCCGGCGAUUCCAACAGACGUGAUCCACAACAACCCGGUUUUUAGGACGACGCUGCAAGGGCUCAUGAAGCAAAUUGAAAGUGACUUUGAGAAGGCCCAUCAAUUCGGCGAGAGUCAUUUUGCAGUUGUCUACAAGAUCCACUUACAUAGCCUUAGUUGGGAUACAGAUGCAUUUGGCCGAGCGAAACAUACUCAUGACACUUUGGCACGAGGCAUGAGUGAGAUGCAAGUUUUUGACAAGCACCUGCAGAAGCUAACGACGAAACAUCCUGUUGGCUUCCUGUCCAUCGAAGUGACAGCUCUUCGAGACGCCAUGGUAACUCACGUCAAGCUGAGCGUCAAGGCGAUGCAGUCCAAACUCAGCGAACUGGCUCUUGAAACUUGCAAGAAAGCUGCAGUGCGUUACCAUGAGGUCAACCAGAAGCUGCAAGAGCGACCAAAAAACUUGGAGCAGCUGGUGGAAUACGUUCGCAGCUUCAAGCGUAUUGGUGGAGAAGUUGCAGACUUGGAAGCUUUGAAGACCUCGGUGGAAGAUAUGUACGCCACGCUUGCGCAGCACAACAUCCGUUCUGCCCCAGCUGAUGACUUCCAAAGGGACUUGAUGAGCCAACGUGCGAUGACCUUUGAAAACGAUGCAAUGCCUGGGGCACAAUUCUUUGUGAACGAACAGGAAGAUUCUGCUUGCACAGAGGUAGCCAGCCGCUACAAUGCAGCUGAACAAGAAGUUGAAGAUCUGCAGGACGAGAUUAUUGGAGGAAUGGCUGCAGAUCCAACCUUCUUGCCGGAGGCACCGCAAGUCCAGAAAUACUUGGACGAGGUCGGCAACAAGCUGGAUCAGUUUGAAGAUACCUUCAAGUACCUGAAUGAUUGCUAUGUCCUGUUCAUGCAAGAACCGGGGGAUGUGGACAUGCUGGAAGAAGCGCAAGGAACCUGGAAGAAGCGCUAUGAGCUUUGGGGAAUUGCAGUGCAGUGGCUCAACACAACUGCUCGAAUUUCUUCUGAGUCCCUGGUCAGGGUGGAUGUCUCCAAGAUCCGAUGCCAGCUGCAGGGUUUCCUGCAGGUGCUUGGUGUGCUAUCUGAAGACCUGGCGACGGAUGCAGUGGUACUGGAACUGCUUGACACAGUUGAUGCCUGGUUUGCUCAUCGAGUACCGGUCUUGGCGAUUAUGACUGGCCCCGCGAUGGGCCCUCAACAUUGGACUCAAGUGGUUGGCAGCUUUUCUGAUGCUGAGUCCAUCAAGGUCAACAGCUUGGAUUUCAUCUUGAGUGGUGGCGUCAUGUCGGAAAAGGGCCGCAAGAAUCUGACCAACGCUUCAGCGAAAGCAGCGGAAGAGCAUAGUCUCCUCACCACCCUUCGGACAAUUGUGGAGGCCUGGGAGCAUGUCGAGAUGGAGCUGAAAGAGCCUGAGGAUGCUGAGGCACCGUGGCUGCUACAGAGCCAAGACGACAUGUUGGAUUUGCUGUACGAGGACAUCACUGCCCUUCAGCAAGUGCUCAAGUCGCCCACCUCUGCGAUUCAAACUGAAGCCCGCGAGAUCAGUGGCAAAUUGGGCCACGCGUGUGAUGUAUUGAAGGACUUCAGCCUCUUGCAGGAACAGUACAGCCUCUUGGAGCCUCUCUUCAGGUUGAAGGUACUGGGAGAGGAUGAGGCGAGUGACCGGGUUGUAGAGAAGUUCAAUGCCAGCGAUGAAGCGUGGCGGCUUCUUAUGCAUCGGGCGCAGACCACAUGCAAGACGGUGUUGCUAUUCACAGGUCAAAGCACAAUGCCAAAACAAUUGCAGCGCAUUUGGGAAGGUGUGAACCUUGCAAGUGAGGCUGUGGACAGACUCCUUGAAAAGCAGAGGCAGCAAUCUCCGAGACUGUGGUUCUUGACUGAUUCGGACCUGACAAAAGCCCUAUCAGCUGUCCAGAAACUUGCAGGCCCUGCGGAAACCGAAGAGCUGCAAGGACAGACUGAAGCGAAGGCCGUGGAUGUUGCGGCCGGAAAGACAUUGGCAGCCUUUGCCACCCAUUUUUUCCCGUGGAUCGACAAGGCCACAACAUGGCUUGGUCCUGAUGAUGGUGGCCAAAACAGAAAGGCUCGUCGGCGGUCAUCUGCUGGGCACAUGAUGCGGGAGGAAGUUGACCGAGCUCUCAAUCGCAAAGCCAUUGGUGACUUGGAUAUUCAGCUGAUAGCGUUGAAACCUCCACCUCCCCACAGCGCUCCUGAGAACGAAGAUACCCAUGAGAGGCCAAAAGCAAAAGCUCCGGUCCAGGCUGAAAGGUUGGCAACGGAAGUCAAAAGUGCCCUCAUGGGACCCAUUCAGGCGAAACCUCGACCUUUUUCAGGACCUGCACAUGCACAUCCUCAUCCUCAUGGUCUCACCAGUAUCAUGGACGAUGUGGCCGCAAGGAUCGGAGAGCAGGUCGAUGGACAUGGCACCACUGAGCAGUUCACGGAGAUGCAGGGUCAUCAAGGUGUUUGUUUUGGUUCCCAGCGAUGGGAGUGGGCUCGCAAUUUGGUCUUGACAUCCAAUGAGGAGCUGCAUCUGUCCUGGCCCGCAUGGUGCUGUGGACGCGGGGCCUUGUUGGGAAACUGGCUGCUGGCCGCAGAGAAAGCCAUGCAAGAAUUCCUGCAAAUGCAGAUCAAACAGGUUUUCAAGAAGAUCUGCGAGUCCAACUUGGUUGAUGCGGUCUCCGAAUGGCUCAAUGAAGGUGAGGGAGUGCCUGGGCAGGCACUCCUCCUGGGCCUUCAGCUUUUCUUUAUGAAUGCCAUGGAGAUCAGCAUGGACGUUGAGGACGAAGCAGGUGUCGCCAUGGUCUUUGGCCAAGUAGACGAGAUGCUGGAGGGGUUGCAACAAGCCUUGCCGAGGUUGCUUAGCAUGCCAUCUUUGCCAAAUACAAGACGCCUGGUCUUGAGUGAUUGCUGGCUGCAGGCUCUGAAUUGGCAAGAGCAGUUGAGCGCAUUGAAGAAAGCAUGGAAGGGUGCAAAGACCAGGGAGUCCUUUCAGUGGAAGCGCUUUCUUCGGCAACGUUGGGACGUGGAAUCAGCCACUGUGGUCGUUGCAUGUGUUGAUUGGUCCAUCCCCUAUGGCUACGAAUAUGUUGGCUCCGCCACUGCAUUUGUCCGGACACCUCAGACAGAUCGCGCCUUUGUGAGUUUCGCCUCCGCGUUGCGGCAGGGUCAUGCUGCAAUUGGACUUGAGGGACCUCCGGCAUCCGGGAAGGUGGAGAUGGUCUCUGAGUUGGCUCGGGCAGUGGCUGUACCACUGGUGAAAGCAGCAGGGACUUUGAAUGUCGUCGGCAUGCUGCAAUUCCUAGCGAGUGUUGCUACUACCAAUGCCUGGGGCUUUAUGCGUACGAGUUACCCUGGCGAGACGAGCGUGAUUGACUGCAAGACCCUGACUUUGCUGGCCACGAUGGCGGACGCCUUGCAGACGUUGCUGUCAGCAGCAAGGGCAAACAAGCAGGAGGUGAGACUUGGGCCUUACGAGGUACGAUGUACCAGGAGACCCAAGGCAUUCUUCUUCAUUCUGCCAUCGCUUUCUGACUUGCCGUCCAGCUUGGUUGUGGAACUACGGCCAAUAACCAUCACCCAGCCACCGCUUGGCCGAGUGGUGGAAGUGCUGUUGCAGGUGGAAGGAUUCGAACCGGAGGUUGCAGAACGCUUCGCCAAUGGGCUUUUGAGCAAAGCUCAUGAACUCGUGAUUGCAGGCAGUGGGCAGCAGAACCUCCAAAGUUGUGGUCUCCGUCGUUUGCGACAUGCAGUGGCUGCUGCUGGCAAGGCUAGAAGACGAGAUGCAACCAUGGCAGACACGGUCCUCUCUGCCGUUUUAGCUCUUUCUCCAGGAGAAGGUAGUCUUCAUCGUCGCAGCUUGUUAGGGGCAGAAGGCAAUGCAGUGCUGACUGCACAAAGCCAGCUCGUGAGCCUAUUGGCUGAAGGAGAGGAGCCCCCUUCUGAGGAGCCCUUGGCAUCCCCUGAAGCCCAGCGGUUGGCCAGAGAAGUAGAGACUUUCUGCAAAGAUUUUGGUCUUUCUCCUGGAAGAAAAUAUCAGUCGGUCGAUGCCGAAGAGGGCUCGAGCCGAUUGGCUCUGGCCGCUGUGGAGGUUUAUGAGCACGUGUCCAAUGGACGCGCGACUGUACUGAUGGGCCCAGCUUGUUCGGGAAAGUCCACAUUACUGAAGGCAAUGCAAGCUGCCUCAUGUCAGGGCGACCCUCUGGAAAGGCCACAGAGAGCCAAAGAGCUUUGCCUCUGGUACGUCUACCCUCAGGCUUUGGCAGAUGAAGAGGGUGGAGCAGGUGAGCUGACGUUUCAGAAGAUGAUGUCAUGCCUUCUCAGAACUAUUGCUGAACGUGACGGUGGAGGGGCUGAAGGUGAGGCAAUAUCUCAGCAACAGAAUUUGAUUGUCUUUGAUGGGGAGGUUGAUGAACGUUGGAGUGAUGAUGUUUGGCCGCUCUUGUCCACUAGGCAAACUUCUUCUACAGAGGGAGUCUACACCCAGCUGCCGUUGUCAGCCGAACUUCUUUUUGAGACUCGUUCCCUGGAAAAAGCUUCUCCGGCCUUUUGUUCUCAAUGCGCGCUUUGUCCAGUUCAGGAGAUGCUGGACAUUCAGAAUCUAUUGGAGGCCUUUGCACAUCGAAUCGAGAACGGAUUUGCUGGGAAAGCCGCACGCUUCCAUUCCUCUACCCUCUUGGGAUGGCUCACUCGCUUGGCAUCCGGCAUCAAUGCUGACCUCAAAGGUGUGCAGGAAGGCUUCAACGAGAUGGUGGCUGCUGAUCAGCUGCUGCACAUGCUGGAGGCAGUUGCCCGGUGCUGGGGUCAGAUGUGCGACCAGCUAAUGCAAGACCCAGAGCCACAGGCCACCUGGCGAGCAGCUUUGCCGCCCUUGUCUCAGAUGGAUGAUUUGGAGGCUGGUGCAUGGUUCGUUCACAAGUUCGGAUACUUAGGCGAAGAUCUUGAAAUCUUCGCAAUUGGACGCUACAGCGUCGUGCCACCUAGAUAUGGUAAGAGCACCUUGCUGAAAUCGCUAGGCUUGGUGCCUGGCUGCUCACGAGCUUUGAAGGCACAGGUCCACUCUGAUCCAGAGAACCUUUGGAAGUUCCGCAUUGCCAGCAAUGCAGCGGGCCUGACAGGUUUGCGCGAUGCAGUCCCAAAGACAUCGGUGAAGCUUUUGCGCGAUGUGCUGCCAGAACCGGAGGAGUUUGACGAGCAAAGUAUCUUCCUCCCUGCACAGGAAAGGGAAGCAGUGCGGCUGUUCGUUCGCCAUCAGGUGUAUGUGGAUUGCAGAUUUGGAUUUCGCCUCUGGGGGCCGCAAAAUGGCAAGUCAGCAUUGGGAGAAGAAUUGGUUCGCUCCAUGGCAAGUAUGUCAGAGCACAGAUUUGAUCUCCUGCGCUGCCCACAUUGCCUCUCUGCGGGUGGCUUCUCAGAGUACAUCCAGGAAAAGAUGUCCAGGAAAGGGACUGUGACCUUGAGCUCUAUGCCUGCCAGAAAGAUGUGCAUUAUCGUAGACGAUGUGCAUUUGGGCAGCUUUGGAACCAAAGAACAGUUGCGCCAGGUGCUUGAACGAGGACAUCUAACUGGUGCUGCUGCGAAGAAGCAAGGUGGAACUUGGCACGCUCUGGGUCUGUGGCUUGGUGCUAUUGAACGAGAUGCUGGAAAUACAGGCGAACGGUGGCUGCGGCACUUCCUAGCCUUGCAGAAUCCGGACUUGAGCGAGACCUCUUUGAGAGAUGUGUGUACCAGAUUGGUGCAACGAUGGUAUGCACAGGUGCCCUCAGAAGAAGCACGCAUCAUGCUGAUUUCCCGCAGCUUCCCAGAACGAGUGGUUAAAGUCAUCCUUGAGGCAGCGAGGACUUUUGGGCCAGCGCAGCCCUUUGCAAUCUCACCCUUCCUGGACCUCACCCGGUGGUUUCAAAGCAUCUCCCAAUAUGCCCAAAACAUCAUAUCCACCUUGGACUUGCAGCGAAUAGUCUGGCAUGAAGGAAUGCUACAGUUGGGUGAGCGUUUGGAAACCACGCAGGAUCGUCAGAAGCUCCGCGACAUCCUGGGAGACGCAGGCCUCACGUUCCUGUCUGAUGAAGAAGCGGAGGAUCCCUUGUUUUUGGACAACGGAGAACCGCAGGACUUGGGGCAGAUGGCCACGGCCCAGAGCUGGAUUCGCAGGAGCCUGGCCGGCAUUCUGAACACCUUUGGAAUGCCCAUGGUUAUCUUCAAGGAUAUGGUCCUUGCAAUUCUUUCAGCUUCAAGGGCCUUGCAAGCUGCCACCCCCGCAGCACCUUCGGGCGCAUUGUUUCUUGGAGCCGCUGGGAGCGGUCGAAGGACCUGUGCCCAAAUGGCCAGCCAUUUGGUAAAUGGUGAGCUGCAGAGAUGCACUGCGGAAGAUGUGCCUCGCUUGAUCGAAGAGAUCCGGCAGUUCUGCAAAACUGGCAGUGACAUGGGCCUACAAUGCCUGGGUCCAAUCACACAGGAUUUGCUCACGCUGGCUGAUGGAGAACUCGCGCUGGAGGAAAUUGACGACUCCUUGCGGGGUGCAACUGACAUCAAGGUGGAAAAGAAGCUCAUGCAAGUUGCUUCUCCUAGCGGUGCAGUUGAGGUGCCCAAAGCUCGUGCCUUCAGACGGCGAGGGGAGAACGAGCCAGUGAAGUAUGAUGGUGCGACCCGUUUGGCGUUCAUCCUGUGUUUAUCACCGACAUCCAAUGCUGAUUGGUUUCGAAGGCAACUCGCGAGGUUUACAUCUUUGGGCUCCAAGAUCAGUCCCGUGUGGAUCCAACCUUGGAGCGGCGAUGCCUACUUUGAGGUGGCACGGACCUCCUUCGCUUGUGAGCUCGAAGGCACCGCUGACAAGCAGGCAGAUUCUAUCUACCAGAACAUGGCAACCGCUGCAAUGCAGAUGGCCCAAGUUGCUGUAGGCGAGAUCGGCAGUCAGCGACAACUUCCAGGUGGAUGCGCUUUGUACAUCUCAGUAGUGCUUGCAGCCAAACAGCUCUUCAAAGCAAAGGAGGAAGAAUUGCAAAAGGAGAACAACAGGUUAACAAAUGUGGUUGAAGUGCUGGUGCAAAUGGAGAAGACACUUCGCCACUUUGAGACAAAACAUGGUAUGGCGUUCCAGCAGGUCAAGGAGUCUGACAAGAUGAACAAGGACUCGGCCACAGAGUUGGAAAAGGUUGAAACACAGGCGAUACAGGCUUCAGACAAAGUCAAGACAUUGAAUGUAGAGGCUCAGGAAAUUGAACAAGAGGUGAAGCAAUGUACUCUUGUAGUGGAGGAUGCUACAGCCGUGGUGAAGCAAAAUCUGGCAAUGGCAGGAUUGAAAUUGAGGGGAUUGGCAAGCAGCAGCAUCCACGAAUGUCGAAGCGCCCGGCAGCCUUCUGCUGCUUUGGAGCGGGUGACCUUUGCCACACUUUCUGCAUUGGAGAUCGAAGAAUCCUGGACCAACGUGGUGAAGCUUCUGUUAACGGAUUUUAUCACACGCUUGGAGGAGGUGGAUGUUUGUACCUCCACAGAACGUGCCGCGCUGGUGCAUGAACGCCUGGAAGAGCUGCAGGCGCUGGGUGGAUUGGUGGAUGAACCAGGCCGAGUCUUGGGCGAAGCUCUGGCUGAGUGGCUCCAUGCUUUCGUAGCAUCAGUCAGAACCUGGAAAUCCGUGGAAGAUGAUGUGGCAACACUGAAAAAAGCAGAGGGCUGCUAUCAACAGAAGGUGAAGGAGGUCGAAAGUGCAGAAGAGGCCCUUGAGGCACUUACUGAUCAGAUUUUGGACAUCAAGCAGCAGAUCCAGACCAGGCAGUCGGACAGAGCCAAGGCCCGAGGCAGCAUCCAAUACUCCAACGAAGAGUUGGAUGGCGUGGCCAGCAUCCGUGAGUUCGUGUCCUGUGAUGAAGUCUUGGCAUGGCAUACUCGACAUAAAGACAUGGAUCGACAGAUGGCACAGCUGCCGGGCAAGUUUCUUUUGGGUUCGUUCUUAGCUCACUAUGGAUGCUUCUUGAAAGAGAAGAAGGACGACGUUUUAGCACAGUGGCAAACGAUUUGUGAGCAAGAGGAAUUGGUGGAGGCUGAUGAACACGAACUUUCAGCAGAUCGUCUUCUCUACAUGAUGGCAGAAAGCUGCAAAGUGCAGGACUUGGAGCUGCCUGAUGGGAGCGUAGGUCAUUUCCCCGUGCAGUUGGCGGCCUCUCUCUUUUGUAGCCGGCGGCCUGUCCCUCUAUUGCUGGACCCAUUGGGCAUUGCAAGGCAGUGGUUGGACAAGCAGCUUCCAGUGAUGACAGCCUCAAUCUGCUCAGAGAUCACAUUGACGAGCUGCUUGGGCUCGCAUCCUAUGGAAGACAUCCAGGCUGCAAGGAAGAGCAAAUCCUCCUCAUUAUUGCUCUGUUUGGGGGAAGAUUUCAGUAAAGUAGACGAUGAUCCUCCGCAGCUCCACCCUGCACUUCAGUCAUGGCUGCAAUCUCAAAAGGACCUUCCCCCUGGGCAGCUUUUUCUGUUGUCCAAUGGGACUCGGGCUCCAAAGUCCUAUGAGCACGUUGGGUUUGUGAUCAACUGCUGCGACUUGCAGGCUUUGCAGGAGUACAUUCUAGCAGAAACCCUUGAAAUUGCCGAUGGCCAGCUGUUCAGACUCCUUGGAGAAGCGACCAACAAGCAAUGGAUGGCUUUGUCCAAUGAGAAGACCUUGAACGAGGAUAUGCUCACAAAAGUGGCUGCUGAUCGAGAACACACUAUUCCAUUGGACGUGGCCUUGGCUCAGGAGAUGUUGAAGAUGAAGCAACACCAUGUGGAGUAUGCGGAGGAGCAAAAAGCUGCCGCGAAAGCCUUGGAUGAAAUGCAGGGGCAGAUCCUCCCAUGGCGAAGGUUUGCUGCAAAGGCUGCCAGCAUCGUAGAGGUGGCAAUGGCCGUAGAAAAAUGGCACCCGCUCUACCAGGGUGAGGGACAAAGUUGCCUACAGUGGCUGUGGCAUUAUUUGCGCAAUGCAGUGUCUGACAAGAUUCCAGUCGAUGAGCUGACCACCGAACUGCCUCGCGCUUGGGUUGCAGCUGCUGUUUCGCACACUUUUCCGAAACAUCACCCAAGUUUGGUGUGUAGUGUGGCCUUCGCUACCAAUUCCCGCAGCCGACUCGAAGGUAUAUUUUCUGCAGCCCUCCGCCGUUCUGCAAAUGGUGAAGACGAGAGCGAGGAGAAGGAAGCGACCAACCCGCAACGGGAUGACACGCUGGAAGAUCUGGAGGAGUCGCAGCAGGAUGACAGAGAGCCAUCGACACGUCCAGCUGCUCCAGCAGAGUGUGUCGGCUUUAUCACGGACAAAGGCUGGUCCCGCCUCACAGAUUACAAGGACGCUUUUGCAGACCUUUGGAAGGUCUUCGACAGCAUGGUCCAGGAGCCCGCUAGAUGGACACACCUGAAGGCGAACCCAGAGGAGGCCCUCCCAGUGGAGAUCGGUCCGGUGGAGGAGCUGUUGACUUUCGCCGCCUUGGCGCCUGAAAGGCUCGAAGAGAAGUUGUUGCAUCUCAGCAUCAAGGAACUGGGCACCCGAGGUGUUGAAACCCUGAGUGCAUCCAAAGGACCUGUGGCCUUGGUCACUCAAGCAGUACAAGAUGCGCGAAGUGACUCUCCGCCAAAGCCAAUCUUAUUCUUGACAGAAGAGGAGCCUGGCUUUGAUUGUGCCUCCACCGUGCGUAUGACCCUGCAAUCCUUGGCCGCGCAAAUGGAUGUGCCCUUCCAGGCAGUUAGCUUGCUGGAUCCUUUGUGCGCAGCACAGGUUGGUGCCGCACAUUUGCGAUUUCAAGAUCAGCAAGCUGGGUGGCUGUUGCUAGAGGACACUUUGGAUGAAUCUCUGAGGACGCUGGAGACCAGACAUCCACAGCUCUUAAAACGACUCGAUGCCAUGAUGGAUCUUGCUGGAAAAGCUUCGCGAUCCUCCGCUGGAUCUCACCUUGGCCCUCCUGUGCUGGUAGCUGUCCACUACGCCUACAGACCGCAAAAGCCCACGUCGUUUUGUAGCUUGCUGCACUUGGUGCCGAAAGCCAACAGGUUUGCUGCCAGGCGUGUCUUUGUCUCCUGGCCCGUUGGAUUAAUGGCGAACAUCAGAGCAGUUGAAGCUGACAUUAAAAGUGUGAAAGAUGCAGAACCAGAGCAUGAAACCACUCAUGACAACCUGAGCCAUUUAUCCUCCUUGCAUGCUCUCCUCCAGCACAGAUCUCGAAUGGGUGAAUUUGAUGCUACAAAUUCUUCCUGGCUCCUGGAAAAGGGAACUUUAUCCCACAAAGCUGACCCUCAGCAGGAACAGAAACUGGACAUUGCCAGUCUGUGCAAAGACGUGCUGUCCAACUCAUGGCCCGCCAACUUGUGGGCUGUGCUGCCAGAGAAAUUGGCGUCCGACUUGGAAUCACUCGGCUGGCGGAGUCUUCAACAAGCGAUGCAGGAAGCGUUGCAAAAGCAUCAGAGAAAACGGAAAAAACGAACCUCUCGACCUACAAACAGAGCUUCAGAGAGACGUAUGUAUAGCCUUUGCUGGCGCUCCCAAUCCGCUUCCUUACCGGACCGCAGGUUUGGUGCAAGACUUCUAGAGGAUGUAGCUCUUGUCACCGAUUCCAGGUUGUGAGGGUAUCUAGUUGUGCCAAUGAACGUGUACAUAUCAGACAAAGAUCUGACUGCGACAAAGAAGCUAGUUGAUGUUUGUUGUUUAUGAUGUGUGG